GGCAUGAGUAGGAUUCUGAAAUAGUCGGAGCUAAAACAGUAGAUCGCUAAAUUAUAACCAUACAAACCAGAGGUGCUUGGCAGGUAAAAAAAUGGCAUCACUUAGUAUUCCACAGGUUACUUUGAGUUCUGGGAACGCGAGGCCUAUGCCAGUUCUGGGACUGGGGACAGCAGCUGAUCCGUUUCCAGGACCCGAGACUGUUAUAAAAGCAGUGCUUGAAGCGAUUGAGCUCGGUUACAGGAUGUUUGAUACUGCUGCUCUUUACCAAACAGAGGAAGCUCUUGGUGAAGCCAUAUCUCAAGCUCUGAGUCUUGGCCUAAUCAAGUCUCGGGAUGAAGUCUUCAUCACCUCUAAGCUCUGGUGUACUGAUAAUCAUGGAGAUCGCGUCCUCCCUGCUCUUCAAGCAACUCUGAAGAAGCUGAAGUUCGCGUAUGUUGAUCAGUAUCUGAUACAUUGGCCAGUGAGCAUGAAGCCCGGGGUACCUUUUCCAGUAAACGUUGAAGAUAUUGUCCCGAUGGAUAUCAAAUCUGUUUGGACAGCCAUGGAAGAGUGCCAGACACUUGGCCUUACGAAAUCAAUUGGUGUCAGUAAUUUCUCUUGCAAAUUGCUUGAUAAUAUUCUUGCUUUUGCCAAGAUUCCUCCAGCUAUUAAUCAAGUGGAGAUGCACCCAGCAUGGCAACAAGGAAAGCUAAGAGAGUUCUGUAAUGCAAAUGGAAUCAUGGUAGCUGCUUAUUCUCCGCUUGGAGGAUCAGGUACCUUCUGGGGAAGCAACGGAGUGUUGGAAUCUGAGGUUCUGAAGAAAAUUGCAGAGUCGAAAGGAAAAUCUGUAGCUCAGGUGGCUUUGAGAUGGAUUUAUGAGCAAGGAGUUGUCAUUGUGAUGAAGAGCUUCAACAAACAGAGAAUGAAGCAGAAUCUUGAUAUUUUCGACUGGGAGUUGAGCGAUGAAGACUUCAAGAACAUAGCUGAAAUCCCACAGAGUAGGACAAGCCGCGGAGAGAUAUUUAUCUCUGAAACUGGCCUUAUUAAGUCAGUCGAGGAGUUCUGGGAUGGAGAACUUUGAAAUGAUGGUUGCAAGGAUGGGGAGUAUAUCUAUUAAGGAUGGUUUUUUGCAGAACAUGUAAACUCAUUUUAAUAACUGCAAAAAAUAAUAAAAAAGAAAGAAUGUUUUUAG